CGAAUUUGUAUUUUUGAAACUCACGUAAUGUAACCAAAAAUAAAAUUAAAAAAUUGAUGGAUUUUUUUAUAUGGCUACAAAAGAAGAUUGUUAGAUACGUAAACGAAAAUGACGUUAUCCUUCAAGACUUCUUCUUCUUCUUCUCCUCGAUUAACACCAAAAUCCAUCGCCGGAGCUGGAGACGAUGCUUCUCAAUUCUUCCAUCACAAGACGAGUUACAGAGCACACACAACCACUCUCUUCUUCAUCCUCGUUUCUCUCUCCCUCUUCGGUUUCUUCUCUCUCUAUUGUUCCCCAAACACGAUUUAUCGAGCUGCCUUCUUCGCCACGACACGCCCCUCUAAAUCAAGAAUCGUUAGUUACGUGAUCAACACUCAAGAUUCAAGCCAUCAUCAAUUAUCCAACGGUUCUCGUAGGAUAAGAGCCGAAGCUGUUCUCUGGCCAGGAUGGGAUAUUCUGGUGAUCGUUUCGCCGGAGGAAAAAGUUAUGCCGCCGCAGCUUCCAGGAGAGAAUUACACAUGUUUUUACCCUAACGGAGAGAAAUCCAUAGCGAGAUUCGCGGCGAUUCUGCCUUUCUCAAACCGUACAUCAUUCAGAUGCAGUCUUCCAGGAAUUUAUCGCCACCACCAUCCGAUUCCAACUCCGAUCCUCGCUUCUUCGAAAACGUUCCAACUUUCACCGGAAACCCGUUGGCCUGAUCUACCUCUAUGGAAUUUCGUAGUUUUCGAAGCCAUUUCCACGGAAAACGACGUCGUUCUCUUCGUCAAGGGGCCGAAUCGUGGACUAGGCUCCAAUAAACCGCCGGAGUCGUUUCGUUGUGUGUUUGGCGAGGAAUCCGAUACGGCCAUCCGAACCGCCGUGACGAGUUCCGUGCAAGAGGUGUUCCGAUGCUCAUUACCGGACAUAACGAUCGAUACGCCGAUCAAAAUAUACCUCGAGGCCGUAGCAACCGAUAAAGAGGAGACAAAGACCAUCCCGUCGGUGGCGUACUAUACCCCCAAGCACACUUUAGCGGAGCCACGUGAGAAAGUGCUAUUGUGCGCGACGACGAUGGUGUACAAUGUAGCAAAGUAUCUGAGAGAGUGGGUGAUGUAUCACGCAGCGAUCGGAAUACAGAGAUUCAUCAUAUACGAUAACGGUAGCGACGACGAGUUAAACGACGUCGUUGAAGUGCUUAAUAGUGAAAAAUAUGACGUCAUCAAAGUUUUAUGGAUCUGGCCCAAGACCCAAGAGGCUGGGUUCUCCCACGCGGCGGUGUAUGGUAAUGAUACAUGCACCUGGAUGAUGUAUCUUGAUGUAGACGAGUUUCUCUUCUCUCCGGCUUGGGAUAAACAAUCACAGCCAUCGGAUCGGAUGAUUAGGUCUCUUCUACCGUCAAAUCAUAGCAUGAUCGGACAAGUGUCGUUUAAAUCACACGAGUUUGGACCGUCUAAUCAGACAAAGCAUCCACGUGAAGGUGUGACACAAGGUUACACGUGUCGACGAGAGGAAGAUCAACGGCACAAGUCGAUCGUGCGGCUGAGCGUGGUGGAGCAUUCUCUUUACACGGCGAUCCACCACUUCGGUUUAAAGGGAGAGUAUGAGUGGCGCGUGGCGGACACGGAAGAGGGGGUGGUGAACCAUUACAAGUACCAAGCAUGGCGGGAGUUCAAGGCCAAGUUCAAACGGCGCGUGUCAGCUUACGUGGUGGAUUGGACUAGAGUUUCUAAUCCUAAGUCGAGAGAUCGAACUCCUGGGCUGGGCUUUAAGCCCGUUGAGCCGGACGGAUGGGCCUACAAGUUUUGUGAAGUCAUGGAUCUGAGGUUGAAGAGGUUAACCAAAAAAUGGUUUGGGUACCCGGUUAAAAACGGUUAUAGAAUGGCAUGGCAGAGAUAAGAUUGUAUUAGAGUACCGAUUGGUUAUUGUGUUAAUAGUAUAGUUCUUUUGGUGACAGAUUUUUUCUGUUUUUGUAACCAAGAUUUGAAGUUUUUGGUUAGGUGAAAGUACAGAAACUAAAAAUACUUUGAAACGUAA